AUGGUAAAUCCUGUCAGCGUGGAAAUUGGAUCCCCACGGGAGUCUGGUCCAGCGGGCCUGGACGAGCUCCUCAAUAAGUUCAACGGUGUGUCGGCUUCUCUUUACCGGCCUUCGGAAGUGAUUGACGCCGUCGCUGGCGUCCUAGACCUUCUACCUCCUGAGCAUCAGCUCAGAGGCCAAAAGGUCUUACAAGUGCUAACCAGGCACCACCUUACGCUGAUCGAGGGCGCGGCACGUCCCGGCUCUAUUCUCACCCCUCCCCACCGCGCUGAAGCGGCGCCAUCCGCUGUUCUGGCAUCCCUUGCCACCAAUUCCUCUAACCAGCGCGCCGAUACCUCCCACCUCGUAUGCACAGCUCGCGAGGCACCGACCUCUGUUCCGGAACCCUCCCCCGCGGCCCAACCCUCCCAUACCUGGACAGUUGUGGCGGCCACUAGAGGUCCUACCAAAAGGAUGCGCGUCCCUGGUUCUACUCCGGUGCACCAUCGCACUAUCGUGACACCGACGGUUCCCGCAGCCAGAGGUAAAGGUAAAGGGAAUGGCAAGGGUAAAGGCACUACUGCCCCUGGCCCAAACAGAACUGCACUGGAGAAAGCCAAGAAGGCCAACAAAAAGGCCUGCGUGGUUGAACUCCGCUCGGUUGAUGACGACGCUAAAAUGGACGCCGCCGAGUUCAUGACCUUUCGCAGCAGGGCCCUGGGGCUUUUGAGUGGUUCGGUCAUCGUCAAUACCACCUUCCCAAUCAAGGGAGGUAUUGGACUAGUCCUUAGCGAUGAGAGUCACGGGAACGCAUGCGUUCAGUCUUUGAGUCGCAUGCAGGGUUAUACAGCCAAGGUCCGCACUGGAUUAUGGCCACGUGUGAUUUUGUUUAAUCCCGCAAUAGCCCGUGGUUCCACUAUCGACUCAGUGAGUCGCUCUAUCAAAGAGGGCAAUCCUGCUCUCACCGAAGGUAUCGACGGUGACAAGCUGGUCAGCGCGGUCUAUUGGCGCGGCCAGCACUUAGUUAUGGCGAUCUGCCCAACCCUCUACCAUAGGCUAUCUGCCAAUGGGGAGGGGAAGGGUCGCCUG